AUCAUGACCUCGUUUUCGUUUUCCUGUUUGUUUACUAACGCUUAAAUCAAAAAUUUCUUUGUAGAUGGUCAUGGAAUCGUUCUCUUUUCUGCAAUCUAUCGUUGUUUUUGUAUUUUUGGCUCAUAGUACGAAUGUAUAUGUGGCCUCUCAAUUCGCUGGCGGUAAGAUAUCAUACGAUAGGCCCUUUCGACUUGGUGAAACUUUUCGAGGAAUAUGUUACGAGGAAAUACCUCUUGGUGAUAAUAUAACAGUGGUGGAUGCCUACUGGAAACGUGGGAAUACUGAGUAUUGUCACAAAGGUCAAAAACUAUUGCUAAAUAGACGCUACACGUGUAAUGCAACUACUGUACACAAUAGGACUACCUUCGAACUAAGAAUUCCAGACCUGGCAUUAGAAGAUGCUGGUAUAUACCUUUGUUAUCUUCCGAGUUACGAUACACUUUUUACUUAUUAAGUUACAUUCAUUGGUAUGUAUGAAAUUAUGCU